ACGAAACCUUCUUACGCUUAUAACCUGUUGAUAUAUCGAUGCCUUAAACAUUGAAUUUGGUGUAUCGAUACUAUUGCAUCAGGCAUGCUUGUUACUUCUUUGUGAUGUUGCCGAAGACGCCUAAACCUGCUAUUUGGAGAUUUAUCAAGGGUAGCGCCAAGACACUAUUCGUGCUGGAAGCCGUCUGUUUCGCUGCUAGCUACGGUCUCUACUACCGCAUGAACACAGACCAAGAUUUUCGCCGGUACAUCAACGAAAAAUAUCCCUUCGCACUUGAGUAUUAUUAUAAAAUUGGAGAGAUUGUGGGCGAUAGCAAGGUGCGCGACAUAGACGCUAGUUACUGGAGCUCCGCAACGGCACAAUUCCAGAAGAAAGACUAACAUUUGAAGAGUAAUUAACAAUGGCUAGCAAUCCUUAUGUCAAAUCCGUGCUAUGGCUGGUUGGCUUCGGUGGUAUUGGAUAUGCUUUAAUGCUGCUGACAGAACCCAGUGCAGAGAAGAUUCAGCGCAUUAAAGCAUCCAGUUCGCCAGGUCAAUACAAUGCCGACGAUAAAAAGAAAGCUCUGUUCAUGCAAAAACUUCAGGAAGCGGCAACAACCAGUACUCCAAUUUACA